AUGAAGAAAUCAAAUUCUUCUAAUUCUUCAUCUAUUUCUAAAUAAAGCCAAAAUAUUAAAUUGAGUAACUAAAAAACAAAAGCUUCAUUUUUAAGAAAGUUAAAAACAGAAGAUUUUGCUUUAAGAAAAAAAUUGAUGAAUUAAAAUUGUUUUGGAAAAUUGAGAGUUUUAAUUAAGGAAUGUUAAUAGCAUAUAUAUAUAUUGUUAGAAGAUCCAUAAAGUUCAAAAUUAGCUAAAGGAAUUUAGAUAAUACUUUUGUUAAGCAUUUUAUUAUCAUGUAUUUCAAUAAUAGUUGAUUCUAUCUAUGAAUCUUCUAAUGGAUCAUAUGAUUCUGUGAGUUCAUCAAUUGAACUAUAUUUAUUUGUGUUUUUUGGUGUAGAGUAUUGUAAGUUUAUAUAAUUAUGUUUUAGUAUUACGAUUAUUUUCAACAAGUGCAUUUGAUAAAUCACUAUUGUAAUUUAUUGUAUCUCCAAUGAAUUUAAUUGAUUUUGUAUCAAUACUACCAUUUUUAUUGAGUUCAAUAUUGACUGAAGACUCAUUUUCUUAGUUGAGAGUUUUGAGAUUAAUUAGAUUUAUUCGAAUUUUUCGUUUGUUCAAAUUAUCAAGAUUUUUGAAGGAGAUUUCGAUGUUAGUAAUAAAUGUUGAUAAUAAAGGCAGAAACAGUGAGAAAUUCAUUGAAAGAUAUGUUAAUGUUGAUAGUGAUGCUAUUUUUAAUGGUUAUUUUUUUUUCAACUAUCAUAUACUAUUUGGAAUAUAAUGAAGAUGAAAAUGAUUAAGUAGAGAAUAGAAUAAAUUCAAUUCCAGAAGCAAUAUGGUGGUGUAUUGUUACAAUGACAACAGUUGGUUAUGGAGAUUUGAUACCACAUACAAUUGAAGGAAAAUUUAUAGCAUGUAUAACAGCUUUAUUAGGAACAACAACAAUAUCAUUACCUGUUGCUAUUAUGGGUAUAAACUUUUAUAGAACAUUAAAAGAAAAUGAAGAAACAGAAGAAAUAGAUAGAUUAAAAUAAAAAUAUCAAAUUACAAAUGAAGCUGUAACAAAUGAUUAAUUAAAUUUGAGAGAAUUAUAAUUUAUGAAAAACCGUUUAGAAUAGUUAUAUGAGAAUAAUGAAAAAGUCUUAGAUUAUUUAGUAUAAUCGCAAUAGUUAUUUGAUGAAUUGACAGCAAAUUUAAUGAGUCUAUAUAAAGCGUUAAGUGAAGAGAUUGAUUUACAUUUAGAAUAUAGAAUGAGGAGACUCAAAAUGAAAUAAAGAGUAAAAUUAAUAUCUUAUAUAUAUAGAUUAUGAAAAUAGAAAAAAAUAUAGAAUAAAAAAAAUCUAUAGAAAUUAAUUAAUUAAUACAUUCUUAUAGAGAAAAUAAGAGAAAGAUGGCAUUGUCUCCAAUGAUGGAUGAAUCAAGAAUUGAAAGUUUAAAUAGUGUACAUUCUAGAUUGUAAAGUCUUGGAAAUAUGAAAAGGAGUAGAGCUAGCCAACUAAAACAUUUGAAAAGUUCAAGUCUUUUUAAAUCUUCUAAGGAAAUUAAUUAUGAUGUUAAUAGUGAAUUAAAAAGUGAAAAUUUUUAAAUCCAUGAGAUUCAUUUACCUGAUCCUAUGGAAGAUACUCCAUUAGGUGAUUAAUAAAUAAGAAAAAGUGAACUUGAAGUUAGCAUAAGAAAUGAUUCAGAAGAGCAUUCCCAAUAUUCAAGAAAUUAAGAAAAUUGCGAUAUUUAAAAUAAAAUAACAAGUUUAAAAUAAUAAAAAUUCAAUCAAACAUUUUUGCCAUGA